CUCGACGUUCAACGACAUUUAGUUUUCCGUCUUUCUCCAAACGAUACGUAUCUCGCUUCAUCAACAUGGCAGACAUCUCAAAAGAGGACCUUCGCAAGGAAAUUACCGUUAUCCUUAAGGACGCCGACCUAGCUUCGACAUCAGCCAAAACGGUCAGGCAACAGCUCGAAGAUAAAUUGGGGGUUAAAUUACAAUCGAGAAAGAAGGAAAUCGACAAUAUAGUUAUGGAAUUGGUAAGCUCAAUGGACAAGAAAAAACCAGAGAAGAAGACUGAGUCUGAGGAGGAGGAAGAGGAAGAAGACGAGGAGGAGGAGGAGGAGGAAGGAGAAUCUGAAGAAGAUAAAAAACCAAAUAAGCGGGCGAGUGCCGGUAAAAAACCAGCUGCAAAAAAGAAGAAAACAUCAGAUGAUUCUGAAGCAAGUGAACCAUCAGAUGGUGAUUCAGAAGAAGAAUAUUCGCCAAAAAAAACUAAACCGGCAAAAACACGUAAAUUGCCUCCUAAAAAAAAGAAGGGUUCUGAGUCAGAUUCUGAUGAAGAUUGGGGUAAAUCCAAGAAAGGUGGAGCUAAGAAAGGAGGAGGAGGCGGAAAAGGAUACACGAAAACUUUAAAUUUGUCCCCUGAAUUGGCAGCUUUAGUAGGACAAGACGCAAUGGCACGUCAUGAAGUUGUCAAAAAAGUAUGGGCUAUUAUAAAAGAAAGGGAUCUCUACGAUCCACAUAAUAAGCAGUACGCCAUUUGUGACGAUGCUCUAUAUAAGGUAAUCGGAGUUAAACGUUUCCGCACGUUUGGUAUGAUGAAGUACCUUAAAAAUCAUUUCGUAAGUUAAAUAAUUCACUUCAAGAAGCAACACCCUUUGACGAUAUUCCCGGUAAUAUGUUGAUUUCUAUUUUUUAAUCUUAUAUCAUUUUUGGACUCCUUGAUGAAGAAUAAGGACUUUAGUACUAAAUUUAUUUUUAUCUUGUACAAGAUACAAGUUUCCUCGUUUAGUUAAGAUUUCAAGACCUACCUACCGUGUAUUUCUAGUUUAUAAGAGGUUUUCUUAUUUUUUUCGUUUGUUAGUGUUUAGAAAGUGUAAAACGGUAACAGUUUGACCAAUGGUCAUUCGUUUAAAUAUAGUGUUUCAAGAGUUUCAGGAUAACGAAAAAAAAAAAAAAUAAUGAAUCAAAAAAUGAUAAUAUAUGUGAGCCACAGUAAUAGAGGUAUUUCGUGUAUUUCGUGCACAUGUAAACGUCGAAAUUUUUCUUAAUGUUCAACAUUUGUAACCAAUAAAGUUUCAAAACAAUAAA